CGGAGGCGAGGAAGGUGGAUCCCAGGCGGCGCCCACCCCCGAGGCUCUGCUUCCGCCUCUGAUUGGCUGCUCUGGGUGCCCGUCGCUACGCCACCCGGUGCUGAUUGACUAUCCUGCCGCCGCUCUGCGCGGCGCCGGCCCCGCCCCCGUCGGGUGUUUGUGGUGGGGCUGCGGCGUCGUGGAUCCCGCCGGAAGCGCCAGGACAAUGGGGACCCGGGACGACGAGUACGACUACCUAUUCAAAGUGGUGCUCAUCGGGGACUCGGGUGUGGGGAAGAGCAACCUGCUGUCCCGCUUUACCCGCAACGAAUUCAACCUGGAGAGCAAGAGCACCAUUGGUGUGGAGUUUGCCACCCGCAGCAUCCAGGUGGACGGCAAGACCAUCAAGGCGCAGAUCUGGGACACCGCUGGCCAGGAACGCUACCGCGCCAUCACCUCCGCGUACUACCGAGGUGCAGUGGGUGCACUGCUGGUGUAUGACAUCGCCAAGCACCUGACAUACGAGAAUGUGGAACGCUGGCUGAAGGAGCUGAGGGACCAUGCUGACAGUAACAUCGUUAUCAUGCUGGUGGGCAACAAGAGUGACCUGCGCCACCUACGGGCUGUGCCCACUGAUGAGGCCCGAGCCUUCGCAGAGAUCUACCGCAUUGUGUCACAGAAGCAAAUUGCAGACCGCGCAGCCCAUGAUGAGUCCCCUGGUAACAACGUGGUGGACAUCAGCGUGCCACCCACUACUGAUGGACAGAAACCGAACAAGCUGCAAUGCUGCCAGAACCUGUGACUGCCCCUUGCCUCGUCCAAAUAUGCGUGCGUGCACAUCCUCAUCCUUCGCCUGCCCCUCAUCAUGAUGUCUUCUCUGACCUGACCCUCUCUGUCCCUCUGUGACUGGCUCCUACCCCUCCACUGAGCUCUGCAGACAACUGGGGCUUAGGAAGAACAGGAGUCCAGCUGCACCAUCUGUCCUCCUCCACCCCAGGGAAGCUUGAAACCUGGCUGCUGCACCUAUUCUUCUUGGGUCCCAGUGGGCCUCUGGGUGGUGUGGGGAGGGUGGCAGGAUGGACCAGGCCAGCCAGAGGCAAGAGGAUGGGCACACCAAACAGGCUUCAAUUUUCCACAGCAGACUCCGGGGAGCAAUUACCUCCCUUCCUCUCUGGCUAGUUGUCCCAGCUGGCGCUGGUCCCUACCCAGAACCCCCCUCUGGGCUGAAGCCUGAAGAACCAGUGACCAGGGGACUGGGUCAGGCAGACAGGCUCCAGCAUCCUACCACCCACAUACAGUCAGCACCGCCUUUGACCUCAGCCUCUCCUGUGCGUGCGUGAAUCCAGCUCCUGCCUGUAGAUUUAUGCUGGGAGAAGACCUCCCCCCCUUUCUGCACGCAGCGCACUCCUCACCCCUCCCUGUGCCCUUCUCUCUGUCUUGUCUCCCUGUCUGGUCAGGAACUGUUUGCAAGUGAAGCAAUAUCUCAGUGUUUUGUAUAUACAACCGCUCUUGUAGCCUUUGUUUUUUUGUUAUUGUAGAGAAACAGAUUCUUUAUACACUUUGUAAGAUUGACGCCAAACCCCAGCUCUCAGAUCUCUUAUUCUCCCUGUGGCCCCUGUUGCCCCAAUGCCUCAUUUCUCUGUCCCGUUACUAAAAUGUGUAACCUGACUUCCUGGACAGAAACCUGCCGCCGCCCUUUUGUCUUCUUUCUCUGCUCCAGGUGGCCACCCCUGAGCCAGGCCCCUUGCUGCACACACCCUCUACGGGGCUGCACCACCAGGCUCAGCCUCACAGGGAGCUAGAACACCAGGCCUGAACCCCUGCUCAGGACCAUGCAGAGGCCUCCUGAGCUGGCUACGGAGGCCCUGGGGGGGUAAGGGUGGGAGGGAAGGCUGGGAGGUGGGGGUUGACUUUAAACUCCUUGCUGCAAGGACCACCAGCUUUAGGACUUGAGGGUGGUCCUCCAGGAGGAGGUGGGCUGUGUCCACUGCUUUCACCUCCCAGCUCUGGGAGUUGGACUGCUCAUUGCUUCCAUCUGUUCCCCACCUGGCCACCACUUGGGGUCCCAGCAAGGACUAGUAAGAGGGCUGGCCCACAUGUUGGCAGUACCAGUCCCAUCCCAGACUGAUCUCUGAGGAAGGCUGAAUGGGAUGCUUGUCCACACGGGCAGGACUGGCCUGAGGGCAGGUUCCCAAAGUGGAGGGAGCGGGGGGAGUGCCCAGCCCUGUCCCUGCACUGAUCACAUGACCCAAUGGGUGUUCUCUCUCACCUGAGUGCUGGUAGCUGUUCUAGAAGCUCCAGACUCUGGCUGAACCUCUUGUGCUUUUGACCCCUAGGAGAGCCACCAGAGGGGGAUUCCAGGCUCUGGCUGCCCUGCCCAGACAUCCCUCCAAAAGAGCUCUUGAGUCAUAGGGGCUGUUCUCACAGGAGCUGGGUGAGCCGGAGCCCAUGCUCCAGGCUGAGGAGCACCCUGGGCUGGGGAUCUUGUGGGGUGCACAAUCCAGGGCCCAUUUACAUGGAUCUCAGGUCCCCUGGGUUUAGGUAGGGUGUGCUACGGAGAGGCAGAGGGUGAAUGGGAACUUCAGGAGGGCCAGUGAAGCACUCAAACACCCGAAAGGUUUCAGGAGUCAAAGAUCAAAUCUUUGUGGAGCCUCAGGUUGACCAGGCCCUGGGCACAUGCCAGUAUUUAGACUGAGGGUGAUGGUCCAGUGACACUAUUUCAGUUCCUCUGAUUUCAGUAAUUUAAUAAGCGCAGCAUGCUGGCUUUGUACUAGGCACUGUUCUGCAGAGUUUUUUUGUUUUGUUUUUAUGGUAAAAUAAACAUUACAAAAAAAAUUUUUAAUUGAUUUUUAGAGAGAAGAAGGGAGAGAGAGCGAUUUGUUUUCCACUUAUUUAUGCAUUUAUUGGUUGAUUUUUGUAUGUGCCCUGACGGGAUCAAACCCAUAACCUUGGCUUAUUGGGACAAUGCUCUAACCAACUGAGCUACCUGGCCAAGGCCAUCUCAACCAUUUCUAACAGUACAGUUUAGUGAUAUUAAUGUGGUACACUCACAUUUGUUGUACCACCAUCAAUCUCCAGAUCUUUCUCAUCUUCCCAAAAUGAAACUGCCCCCAUUAAACAUCAAUCCCCCAUCCCCUGGCACCCACCAUUCUAUUUUCUGUCUCUGAAUUUGUUAACCUAAGAAUGUCCAAACAUAGAGAGAAUUUUUAUUAGAAUGUAUUUGGGGAUAACCCUGAUGGGUGUGGCUCAGUUCAUUGGAGCAUCGUUCUGUACACCAAAAGGUGGUGGGUUCGAUUCUCAGUCAAGGUUACAUACCCAGGUUCUAUCCUGGUCAGGAUGCUUUGGGGAGGCAGCUGGUCUAUGUUUGUCUCACAUUGAUGUCUCUCUCUCCCUCUUCCUCUCUACCUUCCUAUCUCUAAAAUCAAUUUUUAAACAUUUAUUUGAGGAUAAAUUAUUAGAGGAUACACCUGAAAGCAAAAUCUCAACAGACUGAGAAAAAUGCUUUGGAGAAUAACAAUUUGCAAUGUCUUUUAUGCAUUUUAGAUUAAGGAGGAAGAUUAUAUCAAAGUGUGAGAAGGCAAGAUGGUGAUCAAAUUACAGGAUAGUUAAGAUCAUGUGCUUUCCUAUGCUUUAAGGGGAUCAAUGAACAGGGCUUGCUGAAGGCAAAGAUAAGCUAUUUAGUAAAGAAGUUAUUUGUCAGGUGUAACUACCCACUAUGAACUGCCCAGUUAGCAAUUUAGUUUUUUGUUAAUACCAAGAAUAUUUUUCCAUUGAUUUUUUAAAAAUACGUAUUUUUAUUGAUUUCAGAAAGGAAGGGAGAGAGAGAGAGAGAAACAUCAAUGAUGAGAGAGAAUUAUUGGUCAGCAGCCUCCUGCACACCCCCUACUGGAGAUCGAGCUAGCAACCUCUUGAUUCCUGGGUCAACGCUUAACUGCUGAGCCACACCCAGUUGGGCUCAAUUGAUUUUUUAAAAUAUAUUUUUAUUGAUUUCAGAGAGGAAGGUAGAGGGAGAUAGAAAUAGAAACAUCAAUGAUGAGAGAGAAUCAUUGAUCGGCUGCCUCCUGCAUGCCCCUUACUGGCGGUUGAAUCCGAGCAUGUGCCCUUGACUGGAAUCGAACCCAGGACCCUCCAGUCCACAGGCCAGUGCUCUAUCCACUGAGCCAAACCAGCCAGGGCUCCAUUAAUUUUUUUUUUUUAAGUGGGAAGGAAGGAGGGAGAGGGGGAGGGAGAGAGAGAAAAAACAAAACAUUGAUGUGAGAAAGACACAUUGAUUGCUUGCCUCCCACAGCAAGUGCCCUGACCUGGGUUGGGAUUGAACCUGCAACCCAGGUAAGUGCCCUUGACAGAAUCAAACUCUGGACCCUUUGGUUAGCGGGCCAACACUCUAACCACUGAGAAACACCAGCCAAGACCCAGUUAGCAACUUAUGAUCAGACCACCCAGUGAGGUCACUUUGGAUAGAAUCCCCCCACCCUUUUUUUUUUGCCCACAAAUUUCACUCCUCUAGGGACCUCAUAAAAGUGGAAUCCUGCAGUAUUUGUCCUUUUGUGUUGGCUUAUUUCACCGAGCUAAUGUCCUCAGGGUUUAUCCAUGUUGUGGCAGGUAUCAGGAUGGCCUUUCUUUUUAGGCUGAAUAGUAUUCCAUCGUAUGGAUAGGGCACAUUGUGUUUUUCCUUCAUCUGUCCAUGGGCACUUGGUUGCUUCCACCUUUUGCUACUGUGAAUCACGCUGCGAUGAAUGGCAUGCAAAUACCUGUGUGAAUCCCUGCUUUCAAUUCUUUUGGGUGGAAUUGCUGGAUCAUAUGGUAAUUCUGUGUUUAAUAUUUUUGAGGAACUGUUAAUCUAAAUAAAUUAUGCAAUAAAAGAAUAUAGUCCCACAGAAAAAAUAAAUCUUUUAUGUUAUAACAGUUCCUCAAAAAAUUAAACAAUUACCAUGUGAUUCAGGAGGUGAGCAUAAUUUACCAGCCUCAAUUUAUAGACAGGGCACAGAAGUCAUUGAUGGGAAAAAUAAAUAAAUGGGUAUUUUUAAAAAAGUGACUCUCCCAGGGUCCUAUAGUUAAUAAGUAAGCAGGUUUCCACACCAGAGCUAUAUAGUAACCACUUAGCUAGAAGACUUCUCCAAAUGUUCACUGAGUGCUUACUAUGUGCCAGGAAGCCCUAACAAUUGAAGAAAACGCCCAGAUAAAAGACUGGGAAGAAGUAUACCAAAAUUAAAAAUAUUAUUUUAUUUUAUUUUAUUAUGGCUCUAGCUGGUUUGGCUCAGUGGAUAAAACAUUGGUCUGUGGACUGAAGGGUCCAGGGAUUGAUUCCAGUCAAGGGCAGGCACUUCAGUUGCAGGCUUGAUUCCUGGCUCUAGUUGGGGCAUGUGCAGGAGGCAACCAAUUGAUGUGUCUCACAUUGAGGUUUCUCUCUGUAUCUCCCCCUCCCGCUUUCUAAAAAAAAAAAAGGAAAAAUAUCCUCAGAGAUGAUUAACAACAAAAUUUUAUUAUGUCCCAGCCAGUGUCGCCCAGGAGAUCAUGGUUCGAUUCCUGAUCAGGGCACAUGUCCCAAUUUUGGUCUUGAAUCCCCAGUGGGAGCAUGCAGGAGGCAGCUGAUUGAUGUUUCUCAUCAAUGUUUCUAUCUCUCUAUCCCUCUUUCUUCCUCUCUCUGAAAUCAAUAAAAACAUUUAAAAAAUAAAUUAAGAAAAAGGAAUUCUAUGAAAAGUAACCUUACAGGGUGGUGUGAUCAUAAUUCCUAACAGGGCAGGUCAUGGUGGGUAGUCACAUCCUAGGCAUAUAACUUUUUAGUAAAGGGUUUAUUUCUGUGCAUCUAGAUUAACCUUUGAAAUGCCUCAUUUUAAAACCUUUUAAAUGUGAACCACCCUUUCAGACCCCUCCUCUAAAGUAUAACCAUCCUCAAGGGAGCACAAUCUUCACUAUUCUGUAAUCCAGUCUCUACCUUGCUUUCUCACACUUUCAUGUGAUCUUCCUUGUGUUCCUUCUUUAAUUUUGAAUGCAUAAAGAAAACUGCCAAUUGUUAUUUUGCAGAGCAUUUUAUUUGUUUUUAUUUAUUAGUAUUAUUUUAUUUUUGCAGAGCAUUUUAGAUCUUAAUCCCUGGCAUCAGUUUUGGCUUAAAUAAACUCAUAAAAAUUA